CACGCGCACACACGCGCCUUGCGUCAUUACGUAUUUCCUGUUCUCUACGGAGUCCCCCCUCUUCUCCUCACCGCCGCGCGCCGUGAAGUGGAUGUUUUGGUGAGAAAAUACGGUGUCGAAAAGGGACGUAAAUAUAUUUAAAACAUGACAUUUCGACCGAGUGGGACCUAAAGCUGCGUAGCAGAGGAAAGAGGGGCGUCUUCGGCGAAGGUUUCGGUUUAUCUUUGCAUCGUAUUCUUCCGCAUGUCCGCUUUCUUCGUAUAUGGUCUCCGGCGAGCGUUGUCUGGCGGUGGACGACGAGUUGUCGACGAAUAAUAUGAAGGAGAUGAUCGGCGGUUGCUGUGUUUGCUCUGACGAGCGAGGCUGGGCGGAAAACCCGCUAGUUUACUGCGACGGACACGGCUGCAACGUUGCUGUGCAUCAAGCCUGUUAUGGCAUUGUGCAGGUGCCCACUGGUCCUUGGUUCUGCAGAAAGUGUGAAUCUCAGGAGAGAGCAGCCCGUGUGAGAUGUGAGCUGUGUCCCCACAAAGACGGAGCCCUCAAGAGGACAGACAACGGAGGCUGGGCCCAUGUAGUUUGUGCCCUUUACAUACCUGAAGUAGAAUUCGCUAAUGUCUCCACUAUGGAGCCCAUAGUACUCCAGUCUGUGCCCCAUGAUCGCUACAAUAAGACGUGUUAUAUCUGUGAGGACCAGGGCAGAGAGAGUAAAGCUGCCACUGGAGCCUGUAUGACCUGCAACAAACAUGGCUGCAGGCAGGCCUUCCAUGUCACAUGUGCCCAGUUUGCGGGGUUGUUAUGUGAGGAACAAGGAUCGGACGCAGACAAUGUCAAGUACUGUGGAUACUGCAAAUACCACCACAGCAAAUUGAAACACAAGGAGCGGGACAGGCACAAACCAAAACACAAGAAGAUCUCCAUGGACAUGUCGCCCUCCCUCGUCCUUCCUAACAUCAUGGUCCCAGAAAAGACCUUCAACAGCAGCAGCUCAGGGGGAGGCGUCACCUCUCUGCCGGCGUCCUCGCAGAAGCGGCUGGACGACGGCACCGCCCGCUUCACCACCGCCAACUUUCAAGAAGUGUCGUCCGCUCUCUCCAGUGGCAGCUCUAAAGACUGCUCGGCUGCAGACGCUGGGAAGGCAGCGUCUGAGGCGAAGAACAAGAAGAACAGCGGCGCAGGUCACACGGCGGGACAGAGAGGCCGCAAGGCCCUCACCUCGUCAGGGAAACCCCUCCCCUCCGCUGUGGUCACCAUGGCAACCUCCUCCACGUCUGCGUCCACUGGGCCUUUCCACCAAGGCCUCCUGUUGACCAGUGCCAGCAAGACACCCUCUGCCCCUUCCUCCUCAGACUUCCUAAGUUUCUCAGAUCCAUCGUUGCGUCCGGGGGGUGGCACGACCUUCUCCUCCCCGCCAUCUUUCAGCAGCUGCCUUGUGAAACCGAGCUCGGAGGGCGGCGCUUCAGAGGGAACUGCGACACUCUUCGGCUCUCUGAUGUCCGCCACUACGGCUUCUGCAGUGGGCGGGAAGCUGUAUGAGAAUUCUCACAGUCACACAGCCAGCGAGACGAUAAGCCUCGGUGGGUCCGCUGGCUACAAGCGGCCCCAGCCCUCCAGCUCAGGGCCGGGGAUCGGAGGAGCAGCGGCGGGAGGCGGGGAAGAUGGGGUGAAGAAGAAAAAGAAGGGCAACUGGCGAAACAGAUUUGGACCUUGCUUCACCUCAGAUAGGAAGCAUUCAGAGCCAGCUCCCUCCGUGACUCUCCCCACCUCCUCCACGGCCAACACCUCCUCCUCCUCCUCCCCGUCCUCGACGCUCACAGGCCGACCGGGUUUAGUAUCCAGCAGUGGAUUAGGAGCGGGGGUGGGAGGAGGGGGCGAGAUGGGGCUGGGGGUCAUGGGUGUCAGCGGUGGGAUUCAGAAGUCCCUGUCACUCCUCAGGAAUGGGGGUCUGCAGAGCAACAGCAGCUCCUCAACCACCGGGUCAGGUGUGUUCUCUGGUGCGGACGGGUCAUCGUCGGGGACGGGAGCUGUCGCCGUUGGCGGAGCCAGCUCUGAGUUGUCACAGCAACAGCAACCCACACCUUCCCUCGCCUCUCCCUCUCCGUUCACUGCCACCGCACCGCUAACCAGCACAGCCUCCACACACGUGGGCGGUCUGCCAGGGUCGGUCUUCAACCUCGCUCCCUCACACAUGUUCGGUAACAGGCUGAAUCCCAACUCGGCCAUGGCGGCACUCAUCGCCCAGUCCGAGGCCUCACCAGCAGAUCAGGAGGUGGGAGACGGCAGCAGUGGCGUCGGAGCUCAGGGCUUCUCCAUAAGAGCUUCUCCCAAGACCACCCCGCGCUCUCCCAUUGGUGGCCUGCAGAUCCGCUAUGACUCCUCGGGGUCGCUGCCGGGCUUGGGGUUGCUAGGGGCGGGGGGAGGCGGCGGGGAGACGCUGCCCCCGGUGGCCACCAGCAUAGAGCAGCUCCUGGAGAGGCAGUGGAACGAAGGGCAGAGCUUCCUGCUGCAGCAGGGAGCUCAGGGAGACGUGCUGGGCAUGUUGAAGGCCCUCCACCAGCUGCAGGAGGAGAACAGGAGGCUGGAGGAGCAGAUUAAAACUCUGACCAUGAAGAAAGAAAGACUGCAGCUUCUCAGCGCUCAGCUAUCAGUGCCUUUCACCCCAUCCACGGCCUCCUCUGAUAUGAAAGGAGGCCAGCUGGGAGCCUCUGACUCUUGUUUACCUGUGACAGCUCAGGACGGUGCGUCGUGUGGCGGCCACAGCAGCAGUGGCUCCACCUCAUCUCUCUCCACCCCUCCCUCCGUCUCCCAGAGCCCGCCGCAGCUGAACGGGGUCGCUGCCAUGGGAACGGCCUCAGUCGGGCUGGGCAGGGUGGCGGGGCUGAUGGGCGCUCCGGGUGCAGGUAGUGCACUGGGCAUGGGGGGGAUUGUCGGGGUGCUUAAUGGCGUGAUCCAGACGCCGGCGGGCCCUCACACUACAGGAGCAGCUACAGGCGUCAUGUCCGUUCAUAACAGCUCAGCGACUAGUAAGAACAGCGCUGCGCGACACGGCGUGCUGUCAGAGCAGCAAAGACUCCUCCUGCAUCAGCAUCAGCUCCAAACGGAGCAGCAGGUGUUCUUCCACCAACUGAUAAUACAGCAGCAGCAGCAGGACCUCCAGCAGCUGCAAUCCCACUCCUCCUCUGCCCAGAUUUGCUCCAUCCCGCUCUCCUCCGCUCAGCCGCCCAUCAACAACCUGCUGCCCGGCGCCCAGGGCCAAGGCACCAUCACCGCCAACCCCUUCCUGGCGCUGCAGCACGCUCAUGCUGACACACACGCCUCGGGGGCACAGAAGCCGCGGCUAGCCGAGAAGGCCGUGGGCGUCGCAGGGCAAGAGAAGACAUGACGGCAGAUGCUCUUUAUUUUUGGGUUGUUGGUUUUUUCUUUUUAAAUAAAUAUGCAGAGUCUUCAGGAGAUCAGCCUGUUGGUCGACUUUGUGGUUCAGUGAUGAGAACUUUGGCAGCAGAGAAGUCUGUGUUCCUGGUAGAUUCUUCUCUCCAGCGGUCUGCACACGAUGGCGAGUGAUGGCAUGUAUGUGCAGUCACCAGCUCAUUGUAGUUGACCUUGUCAGGUUUAUUUUUCAGGUUACGGUCUUAACAUUUUGUCUUCAUUUGUACUAUUUAUGUCCAUCCAAUUUUAGAUUUGUAUUUUAUUUUUAGCUUUAGUGCUGCUUCAGGUUCAUAUGUUGUCACUGUUGAGAAAGUGGUUUUCUUUUGAUAUCACUGGUAGCAGCUUAGUGUGUUCGUGUCAGUGAAGGAGCACAGUGUGUUUGAUCUCUUUUUUCCUUUCUGAGUUUCUCUCAAUAUUUUCUUCUCUUGUCUCAUUCCGCUUCUUCAUGUUUUGUUUUUGGUCUUGUUGCUGUGUCACAUUCAUUUCCUCUCUUUACCUUUUUGUCUCCACAUUUCUCUCACUGCUUCUCCAUCCUCCACACUAACAUCCCUCUCGGUCUGGUCUCUCUGCUGUCUCACUCUCAGGGGCCUCCGCUAACUCAGCACAUACGCAGAACUACAAACGUAAAAAGAAAAAUAGCAGAAAUACAUGAAUAUAUAAUAAAGAAACUACAAUUCCCCACCACAGGACUUUACAGUAGCAGAUGGAUGUUUGACAUCUGUCUCGCAGCGAACCCGAGGGGAAUAUUGGGUGAGAGGCUUGUGAAAAUAUCUCGCACGUUCUCACUGUUGUGUAGAUCCAUUUAUGUCAGUGAGCCAAGCCUCAUACAGUCACCGCAGAAGCCUUGCUUGUGACUGUCUCUUCUCUGGGCCAGAUACAGGGGGCUCACUCAGGGAAGGGAAAUGUAAAAAGAGAAAAGGAAAAAACGGCACGUUGAAUGUUCGUUGAGGGAUGCAUUAAUCCACACGGCACAGACUCUCAAAGAGAAAGCAUACAGUUGGUCGUCAGCGGGUGGAAGUCUUUGCAUUUCAUCUUCCUGAACGAGCCCCCUGCUGCACCUACCUCUCGAGCAGGACCCGCCUAUCAGGACCUACAAGGCCGACAGCAGCGGCCGCUUCAACCCCACAACCGUGAGAACUGGCCAAUCGGGGUCCAAACCGAAGUGCCUGAGGCCAAAGGCGGAAGGCGGGAUUUGUUUACAGUUUACCUGUGUCCCUGUCCCCCAAUCCUUCACAAUGCUACUGGUAAUUAAGCUGCCUUGCUCAGGCAACAGAUUACAAAAAGACUUGGUAACGUCAGGCUGGACGUGCGGUCUCUUUAAUAAAACCAGGAAAUAUAAUUCUGCUGCAUUCUCUAAUAUCAAAGCCAACUUUGUAUUGAGCUUUUUAUUUAUUGGGGGUUUGUUUGUGUCGUGGGCGUAAGGAGAAAUAUUUAAAAGCCUGCUGGUGUUGCAACUUAACAUCAUUUUUGUACUACUGUGUAAAGUUUUGUUUGUGUUUUUGUUUCUAUCCCUCAUACAGUCUAAUCUUGCUGUAAACGCGUUUAAUGACUUCUAUCUGUGUUGUGUUUUAAAGCUAGCAGCUACUUGAUAGUUGGCUGAUUGGGGGGGGUGUGGCUGUAAAUAGCUGUUUGUAGGGGGGGAGGAAGUGUGUCAUGGGGGCGUUCAGUGGCACAGUUUUUACCUCGUUAAGUGUACAUAAACCUUUCUCAUUGGCCGUUGGUGUACAUAAGUGAUUGUGAUUGGCCGUGCUGGUGUAAAGGAAAGCCAAUGAAGCCUCAGUUUGUGUGUGAAUCUUUAGGACCAGACAAAAAAGGUUGACAGUGACUGGACACACAAAGUAUUAAUUUAUUUUUAUAUGUGCAGGGACAUAGUGUUUUUUUGUUUUUUAAGUUUUGCACCAUUUUCUUGAUGAGAAGUCAUUUUAUACUUGGCACUGUGUUUUCAUCUGUGCACACAUUUGUUUGGAUCAAUUUUGUACAAGUGGAAAAUAAUGGGGGGAAUCUGACAUUGUAUUUCAAAACACCAAAAAUAAAGAAACACUCUGGAUAAAGUAAAA